UCCAUGCCUGGAUUGUGCAACAUUUGCACAUUAUUAUUUUCUAAAUUCUUCAAGGGCUGUCAAAGUGGUUUAUGAUCAUUGCUAGGCAACCAUUUUCAGGUUUUGCCAUAGGUUUAAGUGGAAACUGUGAUUCAGCCACUCAGCAUCAUUCCCUGUCUUCUUGGGAAACAAACCCAGCGUAGAUUUGGCCUUGGCUAUCGGUUAUGGUCCUGCUGAAGGUGAGUUCAUUUGUAUCGGUUAUGGUCCUGCUGAAGGUGAGUUCAUUUGUAUCGGUUAUGGUCCUGCUGAAGGUGAGUUCAUUUGUAUCGGUUAUGGUCCUGCUGAAGGUGAGUUCAUUUGUAUCGGUUAUGGUCCUGCUGAAGGUGAGUUCAUUUGUAUCGGUUAUGGUCCUGCUGAAGGUGAGUUCAUUUGUAUCGGUUAUGGUCCUGCUGAAGGUGAGUUCAUUUGUAUCGGUUAUGGUCCUGCUGAAGGUGAGUUCAUUUGUAUCGGUUAUGGUCCUGCUGAAGGUGAGUUCAUUUGUAUCGGUUAUGGUCCUGCUGAAGGUGAGUUCAUUUGUAUCGGUUAUGGUCCUGCUGAAGGUGAGUUCAUUUGUAUCGGUUAUGGUCCUGCUGAAGGUGAGUUCAUUUGUAUCGGUUAUGGUCCUGCUGAAGGUGAGUUCAUUUGUAUCGGUUAUGGUCCUGCUGAAGGUGAGUUCAUUUGUAUCGGUUAUGGUCCUGCUGAAGGUGAGUUCAUUUGUAUCGGUUAUGGUCCUGCUGAAGGUGAGUUCAUUUGUAUCGGUUAUGGUCCUGCUGAAGGUGAGUUCAUUUGUAUCGGUUAUGGUCCUGCUGAAGGUGAGUUCAUUUGUAUCGGUUAUGGUCCUGCUGAAGGUGAGUUCAUUUGUGGUUGAAUCUGUGUUUGAAAUUCACUGCUCGACUGAGGCACUUUACAGGUAAUGAGGGAUUUAUUUAAAAAUCAUGUUAAACACUGUUAUAGCACACAGAGUGAGUCCAUGCAACUUAUUAUGUGACUUGUUAAGUACAUGUUUAGUCCUGAACUUAUUAUGUGACUUGUUAAGUACAUGUUUAGUCCUGAACUUAUUAUGUGACUUGUUAAGUACAUGUUUACUCCUGAACUUAUUAUGUGACUUGUUAAGUACAUGUUUACUCCUGAACUUAUUUAUGUGACUUGUUAAGUACAUGUUUACUCCUGAACUUAUUAUGUGACUUGUUAAGUACAUGUUUACUCCUGAACUUAUUUAGGGUUGAUGUAAC